AUGACAGAAAAGGAGGUGGUGGAGUCUCCUCAGCCCCCCUUUCCAGGAGAGACUCCGCAAAGUGGGCUACAGCGACUGAAGCAGUUAUUCAAGAAGGGCUCUCCAGAGACAGCUGAGAUGGAGCCUCCCCCAGAGCCCCAGGCCAAUGGAGAGGCGGUGGGGGCUGGGGGUGGUCCCAUCUAUUAUAUCUAUGAGGAAGAAGAAGAGGAGGAGGAAGAGGAGGAACCACCCCCAGAACCUCCUAAGCUCGUCAAUGACAAGCCCCACAAGUUCAAAGAUCACUUCUUCAAGAAGCCUAAGUUCUGCGAUGUCUGUGCCCGGAUGAUUGUGCUCAAUAACAAGUUUGGACUCCGCUGUAAGAACUGCAAAACCAAUAUCCAUGAGCAUUGUCAGUCCUACGUGGAGAUGCAGAGAUGCUUCGGCAAGAUUCCACCUGGUUUCCGUCGGGCCUAUAGCUCCCCACUCUACAGCGACCAACAGUACGCUGUCUCUGCUGCCAAUCGCAAUGACCCCGUGUUUGAAACCCUGCGCGUCGGGGUGAUCAUGGCAAACAAGGAACGGAAGAAGGGGCAGGCAGAUAAGAAAAAUCCUCUGGCAGCCAUGAUGGAGGAGGAGCCAGAAUCAGCCAGGCCAGAGGAGGGCAAGUCACAGGAUGGAAACAAUGCAGAAAAGGACAAGAAGGCCGAGAAGAAAACUCCCGAUGACAAAAACAAGCAGCCUGGUUUCCAGCAGUCUCAUUACUUUGUGGCUCUCUAUCGGUUCAAAGCCCUGGAGAAGGAUGAUCUGGAUUUCCCGCCAGGGGAGAAGAUCACAGUCAUUGAUGACUCCAAUGAGGAGUGGUGGCGGGGGAAAAUCGGAGAGAAAGUCGGGUUCUUCCCUCCAAACUUCAUUAUUCGGGUCCGAGCUGGAGAACGUGUGCACCGCGUGACCAGAUCCUUUGUGGGGAACCGCGAGAUUGGGCAGAUCACUCUCAAGAAGGACCAGAUCGUAGUGCAGAAAGGAGAUGAAGCUGGUGGCUACGUCAAGGUCUACACCGGCCGCAAGGUGGGGCUGUUUCCCACCGACUUCCUGGAGGAGAUUUAAGUGUACUGGCGCCUGCUGGCGGGAGACACCCACAACUCGUUCUGGGCGGGGCCCAGUGCGGGCUAGGGAGGGAAGGGGCAAGGGGAGGGAGUACUGGAUGAGGAGGGUCGGAAAGGCCCACCAGAGCAUAAUGACGUUUCUGGGGAGGGUCUGGUUC